UUUGAUAUGUGUUUUUAUUAUAAUUUUUUGGCAUAGCGUUUAUACAGGUUUGAUUUUGUGCUAUCAGUCAAGCUAACAAAACAUUUUCCGGUCCCGAUUAUCUUUUUUUCCGAGCUCCAGCGAAUGCAGCAUAAAUCCCUCCGAGGAGGCGGGGAUUUCAUCAGGAACGUAAACUGAACCAAAGGAGAGUGGAUCAUUAAAGCCCAGCAAGGAGCACUUUGCUUUGGUUAUCACAUUGGACAUACGCUGAGCUUGGAUCAGCUUUGACGUCAUCCAUCCAUCUUUUACCGCUUGCUGUCGUGCCAAGGAACCGUAAAGGAAGUUUGGGAUCCACUGUCACCAAAGGUGUGUUUUUAUGUGUGGAGAGGUCAGGUCGUAGAAGUCUGCAGAGGCAGGCGUCCAAACAGAAAGCCGAGCUGUAGGAACGGAUCAGCGGCAUGGAUCGGCGCUGAGCGCUUGCCUCCGGUAGGAUGGUCCGAGGAGAUCCCGCUGAGGUGGCCGAACUCGGCUGUGGGUUGUUCGUAUAAGCGGAGCGGACUCAAAUGGAAGCCCAGAUGAAAAACUAGACACGUCGACUUGUGUGUGCGUGUGUGCUUGUGUCUGUCUGUCUGUGUGUGUGUUUGCCGAGAACAGAGCUAGAAAUCUGGACGCUGACUGAAGGCGCCGUGACAGCAUGUGGAUCCCGGGAAGAGCUGCUCUGUGCUGGCUGCUGCUGGAGACGCUUCUGCGCUCUGCUGGAGGUCUUAACGUAUGUAUGAGUGGCAGUGCCACGUCCUGUGAGGAAUGCCUCCUGAUCCAUCCCAGCUGCGCCUGGUGUGCACAAGAGGAUUUUGGGUUGCGUCGUUCUCUGACAUCCCGAUGCGAUUUCAAGCAAAACCUACACAAAAGGGGCUGUGAGCCGCGCUUCAUCGAAUACCCGUCAAGCAGCGUCUCCAUUCUGAAGAACUCUCCCCUGAGCACUAAAGGGUCAGGGUCGGCACUGUACGAUGUCGUCCAGAUCAUGCCUCAGAAGAUCUCCCUCAGCCUGCGGCCAGGAGACCCCACGUUGUUCAACCUGGAGGUGCGGCAGGUGGAGGACUACCCAGUGGAUCUCUACUACCUGAUGGACCUCUCGCUCUCCAUGAAAGACGACCUGCACACCAUCCGUAACCUUGGUACCAAGCUGGCAGAGGAAAUGGGGAAGCUCACCAGCAAUUUCCGUCUGGGCUUUGGCUCCUUCGUGGAUAAAAACAUGUCCCCCUUUUCCUACACCGCACCCAAGUACCACGAGAAUCCCUGCAACGGAUACAAGCUCUUCCCCAACUGUGUCCCAUCCUUUGGUUUUCGUCACAUCCUCUCCCUGACGGAUCAAGUGGACCGUUUCAACGAGGAGGUGCAGAAGCAGAUGGUGUCUCGGAACCGAGACGCUCCAGAGGGCGGGUUCGACGCAAUCCUGCAGGCCGCUGUUUGCAAGGAGGAAAUCGGCUGGAGGAAGGAGGCCUACCACCUGCUGGUGUUCACCACAGACGACGUGCCGCACCUGGCUCUGGACGGCCGGUUGGGGGGGCUAGUCCAGCCUCACGACGGCCGCUGUCACCUCAACGACCAAAAUGAGUACAGCGCCUCCACGAAGAUGUUCGCUCAAAAGUGGAGCUGACUGUGUCGGAUCACCCUGAGGACAUCGGCCUGUCCUUCACUGCCACCUGCCAGGAUGGAAAGCCGCUGCCAGGCUUCCGGAAGUGUGAGGACUUGAAGACUGGAGACACCGUGUCCUUCAAUGUGAGCGUGGAAGCGAGGAGCUGUCCCCCCCGCGGCACCGACCAGACCUUCACGAUAAAGCCGGUGGGGUUUAAGGACCUUCUGGAGGUGACUGUGGACUAUCAGUGUGACUGUGGCUGCAGCCAAACGGCACAGGUCAACAGCAGCAUCUGCAGCUCCAUCGGCACAUACAACUGCGGCACCUGUCAGUGCGAGCCGGGCUACCUGGGCGCCCACUGCGAGUGCCAGGAGGGCGACGCCAGCAGCAUGUACCUCAGCGCCUGCCGGGAAGCCGAAGGCAAGCAGGUCUGCAGCGGGCGGGGCGAGUGCAGCUGCAACCAGUGCCUCUGCUACGAGUCGGAGUUCGGGAAGAUCUACGGAAGCUUCUGCGAGUGCGACGACUUCUCCUGCGCGAGGCAUAAAGGCAUCCUCUGUUCAGGUCAUGGAGAAUGCCACUGUGGAGAGUGCAAAUGCCACGCCGGUUACAUUGGCGACAACUGUAACUGCUCCACAGAAACGUCAUUCUGCUUCUCGGAUGACGGGAAGAUGUGUAGCGGGCGAGGAAAUUGCGUGUGCGGCCGCUGUCAGUGCACCGAGCCGGGAGCGUUUGGCGAUACCUGUGAAAAAUGUCCCACCUGCCCCGACGCCUGCGGCACCAAAAGGGAGUGUAUUGAGUGUCGGCUUUUCAACUCGGGGAGGCUCGCAGACAACCAAACCUGCCAGCGCUUGUGCAAGGAUAAAAUCAUAACUGUGGAGAGCCUUGAGAACGAUGACCCCGGAGCUGUCCUCUGCCUGUAUAAAACAGACGACGACUGCGUGAUGAAGUUUACAUACUCUGAGCAUGUCAGCGGACGAUCUGUCCUCACAGCACUUAAAGACCCAGAGUGCGUCACUGGCCCAGAAGCCUUAAUGGUGUUGCUGGCUGUGGUCGGCACCAUCUUGCUGAUAGGACUGGUUCUGCUGGCCGCCUGGAAACUGGUUAUCACCAUACACGACCGGAGAGAGUUUGCUCGCUUCCAGAGCGCACGCAUGCGCGCCCGAUACCAUAUGGCUUCCAACCCUCUGUACAAACAGCCCAUCACCACACAUUUUGCAGAAAUGGAAACAUUCGAGAAGUCUUUCAACGGCGGGCUCCACUGAUCCCUCUGAACGGGACACGGCAGGACCGGUCCAACUCACAGACCCCUGAAUGAUGGUGACGAGGAGGACAGCAGACUGAACACAUUCCUCCCUCUGAUCUUUGUCCAUCCACACUGAUGACGGAAAUGAAAGAAGCCCAGAAGACGUGAACCCUUCGUAUUUCCAGUUCCUAAGGAGAUUCAAACAGAUGUGCCCCAAUUACUGCGUGGAGACGAUGAAACUGUGGAUUAAGAUGACCAGAGUGUUGCAGGCUGCAGUUGCUCAAGAUAUUCUCCUAACUCCAACCACAUAGGGCAGCAUGUACUAAACAGAAUAUUGGUUUAUAUUUCUAUAUUUUUAUAAACACUGAAGAUGCAUUUGAAAUAUGAGCUCUACACUCAGCAGGACUCAGAUUAUUAGCAUAUAUUUCAAAGGAAGGUUAUAAUGAUGAUUUGAUAAUACUAAUAUUUACUAAGCAACAGAUGUCUUACCUUUAUUUUGCACAGAUGGUGUCUAAUUCAGCAAAGACUGACUUUUCUUGAUGGGAUAGAAUGUGUUUGGGUUUAUCACAAGAUGCACUUGUCACUAUUGUCUUCUAUUAAUCUGCAUAGUAGGGCAUUAACAUACAGGAUUCUACUAACAUCUGACCCUAAAUAGACUGGACUUUUGCCACUCUUGUUUUGUAUUGUGAACACACACGAUGGGAACAAAACCACUACACUUCUUGAGUCCAAAUUAAGGACGCACCAAUCAGAUUUUUUCUAGUGGGUUUUUGGAAAGCUCAAUCUGCCGAUACCAGUUUCUCAAAAUUUUUAGGGUUCCCUUUAAGAGCUAAAAUAUAUGAAGAUAUAAGAUUAGCAUUGAAAAUCUUUUUCCUAGCCUUUCGGCAGUGAUCGUCGUUUUUUUUAAAUUAGGAGCAGAGGUGAAAGAAAGUGAUGGAGCAGUUACUGUAACACCAAGUUUUCCUCUUCUUGUAAAAAUGAAGACAGAGAGUUGUUUUAAACUGGCUUUGCUAUCUGGUAUUAGCCAUUCACCCAGUUAGAAAGAAAUAACUUAGAAGGAUUAAACAGAGCACCCAGGCUGUAAUCUGCUCAGCCUUCCUCUUACUUGCUCAAGUCUUGCAGCCUAACCCCGUAAUUCCACAUCCAAAUCUUCCUUAUAUGGAGGUAAAAAAAUUGCGGUUUGCAUCAGAAAUAAAAAAUAGUUAAUUUUAUUGUGAAUAUUAAAAACAUAUUUAAUUUGUGGUGAACAAUCUCUAUUUACACCAUUCAAAUUUGACAAACCAGAGUUUGUUGAUGUUAUUUUUCCUGUUUGCUACGAUUGCAAUUGUGGAGACCGACGUACCGGAACAGAACAGAAAAUUGGAGUUCUGUAUUUUUACGGUGAACGACAGAGCGCGGGACUGUUGACGGUGUCGUUCGGUUCGGAGUCGUCACAGAGAAUGUGGAACCGUUCUCACUAAUUAACAGAACAACGCAGUUGCUCCAUCGGUCGAACGUGCACAUACGUGAACGAAACGCAGCAGUCACGUAUGCUGGAUGUGGAAUUUGGGGGUCAAUGAGAUGCAGACAUGUCUCAGCUUGUCCCAAAAUAGUUUGCUUUCUUACAUCUCUGUGCCUCCGCUGACUUUGUUUGCAAUGGCUCAUCGCUACUGGAAACAGCAGAUUUUGAUUCUUCUUCACUUUGUAAGAAGCACCAAAGGGUGUUCUUGUUAGCGUGACCCUGAAGUAUUUACUCAUGACGUGUUUACAGGUGAUCAUUUGAAUUCUCGGUGCAUCUCGAGAUCAAAGCAACCUUUAUUUUGGGUAGUGAACAUGCAUCCUCUAUGUUUUAGAAGUUGGCUCCUUUCCCUGAUGUUUCAAUGAAUUGGUCUGAGAGUACUGCUAUCCUUUUAGCCCUUUUGUUGGUUUAUAACAGCUGGUUUUGGAACAUGGGGGUUCUCUGGUUAUCAAUGCAAUUUGAACCUUUUGCAGGGUUUUAUUAGCAUAUUGUGGAGGAUGUAGCAACUAGCAUGAGCUCAGCCUAUGGAAAAACUCCAAAAUAUACAUUGACUGGCUAAACAUUGUUAUGUUCCAAGUCUUGAAUCUCUCUUGUCUCUAAUUUAUACUUCUACAGAUGGCCCCUCUACUUGCAGAUGGUACACGAGUCAUAACUCGCACAUGCUGGCUGGAUAAAACCUUUGCUUGGCUCAUGGAAUGCUGUGUUGUAAUAGUAGCCUGAAAAUCUGAACAACUCACAAAAUGAGAUACACAGCUAAGAAAACAAAUCAGGCGUCUAGUUAACCCAAAAGGCAUGAUCUGAUUUGGUUCUCAUUGGGUCAUCACGUAGACCAGCGAUGGCUGAUGUCAAUGAUUUGAUAUCUAAGGAUGUCUGGACUGAACACGCGAUAUAAAUGGUGGGAAUAUGAGCUGAGCAGUGGUGCUACAGGCAGUUGCCAAAGUGUCAGUUAACACUGAGUGAAGGUCAGCUGACCGAGGAUGCCUCUCAGGCACAUAAGACAGCAUACCGGCACCGACUGGGUUUGAUUGGUGGUCUGUUUGAGGUUUGGAUGAUGCUGGGUGGUCGUAUCAAUUGUCCGCCAUGUGGGUUCAGGAGAUGUCACAGUGAAAGCUGUGGGGAUGUCCCUUUAAAUACACCGUGUUACCAUGUUUCUAUUUUAACAGAGGUUUAAGGGCUGUGUCAGCAGAGGUCAUCCGUGUGUGGCCAUGCUUCCUUUCCUACUUGGGGCAGAACUUCCUCACAUGCCCUGUCCUGCUUCCUUUCAGCCGCUCUUUACCGAGCUGCACCUUUCAGUUCGCAUAAAUGCCGGCAGCUUUUAGAUCAUUUGAAGGAAAGCCGCGCAGAGCGACGUGUGUUUCUGGGACUGAAUGAAGCGGCCGCCGUCACACCCUCUUCUGCACAGCACGGCUAACUGGUUCAGAUGCUAACCUACAGGUCAGACGGCCAUUUUAUUGGAGCAAGAGCACAAGGAGAGCUGACGGUGAUUUCAUACUGGAGAGGCACAGGGAAGCUGGAAGACUAGCCUUGUAAAAAGACAAAUCACAGCAUUAUUCCUUCCUCAAGUUGUGGAUUAAAUUGCGACAGAUGCAGUAGUGGAUGUUAAAUGUAUUUUAGAUUAUUUCAAGGUACUCCUGACCUGUAAGAUAAUCUGCCAUGAGCAAAUUUUAGUCAUCUUGUAAAUCAAAUCUUUAACUAUUCCUGUUUAUCUGAAAAUGGGAGAAUUUUUCAUAUUUAUGAUGGAAUCAAUUUAGCAUCACUGUUUUUGAACACCCAGGUUGUAGCGCCAUUCUCUGAACCACUGUGUGUGCUUAUAGGUACUAAUGCAACCCUAGUGAUGGUUUAUAUUGGAGCUGAGAUGCAGAGUGAGUUACUGAUUUCCUGUUUGAACCUGGAGGCAGUUGUUGCUGGGUACCACCUGGAACGAAGAAAGUUAGUAUAUACAUCUUUUAAAAUUGUUGCAAUGGAACUGGACUUUUAUCUGAAUUUAUUUAGCACCAACCAAUUGUGUCGCUAAUUUUGAGUCCAGUGAAUGCAGCUCACUUCUUUGCCGACAUCUAUUAUAAGAAUACCACAAUCCCUCCGUUUAGUAAAUGAAAUUCCAAUAAAGAAAGUAAAUCUGAUGAGCAUUAAAAGCCCCAAAGCAUGAUAAAAGACGUAGCAUGUUCUGUUACUGCUGGUGCUGCGCUUGUUAUACGGUGAGAUUACAGAUCAGAGUCCAGCUUGCAAAGUAGGUGGGGCGUCUUUUGCAUUGUGGCAUUCAUAGUUACUGUGUCACUGUGUGGCAGGGAAGUGUAAAUAUUGGUUGGGUGUAAGCGAAGUGCCAAAUGAAUGGCCAUGAGUGUGUUAUAAACCCUUUCUCAGCUGGGAUGGAACAUUUUUUUCCUUCAGGGUCCUUGAAGAUCCUCCACACAGGUCCACUGGGGCGACUACAUGUUGAUGGAAAACUGCACCAACAAUAAAAAGCUUCAUUCAAAGGCU